AUAAUUAUUCUACAAUGCAGAUGUCCUCUCAAAAUGUUUCUAAAGAACAAUCUGAAUCUAAAACAUCUAAAAAUACUCCAAGAGAAUGGAAAUUUGGGUUAUUUGAUUGCUUUUCAGAUUUGGGACUGUGUCUCAAAACUACGUGUUGUCCUUGUAUCACUUAUGGAGAAAAUAAGGGAAAAUUAAAUGGGAAUCCUACCCCAAAUUCAUGUUCACAAGAUGCUUUCGUAUAUUGUUGUGUUCAAUAUUGCUUUGGUUUAAGUUGUAUUCUUGGUGCAAUGCAUCGUAAUGAAGUUAGAGCUAAAUAUAAUAUUGAAGGAAAUGGAAUAUGUGAUAUUUGUACUCAUUUCUGCUUCGGAUGUUGCGCUUUAAUACAAGAAUCUCGUGAAAUCAGCGCAACACCUCCCUCGUAAACAAUAUAAAUAUAGAGUAUUAUAUAAUUAAUAUAUACAAUCUUUCAUCAUUUAAUUAAUCAAUCAAUACUAAAAGAGCAUAAAUUAACAUAUUGUAUACCAAAAGAAUAUAUAUAUACACAAUCAAUUAAAAAAAAAGUCACGAACGAAAUUAGGUGCACCGACUGCACCGUGCACAUUUUACAAGAGCGAUACGAACAGAACCAAUCAAAUUGAUUCGCUUACGUAAGCGCAUUACAGUAGAUUACAGUAUUCGCAACCCUAAAAUCAACCUACAUGGCGCUGUUUGUGCGAAGAACAUUAUCUUUUUUUAGCAUGUCGUACCAUUCAUUAUCUAUGAU